CUCGCUUUCACCACUCCACUUUUACUAUAUCUCUCCCUCUCCCUCUCCCUCUCUAAGUUCGAGAGCUUGUUAUUGAUCACCUAAACUUCGGCCGACACGUAAAUAACGUUAGAGGCUACGGAGUCAGCCACUCACAGCCACACUCCUCACCAAACCAUCCGAACAAAGGGGAAAGACAGAGAGAAGCGGGACAUGUCGCCGGCGGCCGCCGUUGCGUCACCGUCCAUGGCGACGGCUCAACCAUAUCCUCCAACGAUGAUGAUGCCGGACGCGUUCGCCAAGGACGCGAUCAUAGCGUGGUUCCGUGGCGAGUUCGCUGCGGCCAACGCCAUCAUCGACGCGCUCUGCGGCCACCUGGCCCAGGUGGAGGGGGGCGGAUCGUCGGAGUACGAGUCCGUGUUCGCGGCUGUCCACAGGCGGCGGCUGAACUGGAUCCCGGUUCUCCAGAUGCAGAAGUACUAUUCCAUUGCCGACGUGGCCCUUGAGCUCCGACGAGUCGCCGAGAAGAAAGCGAUCAAGGGCGAUGAUGUGAAAAAUCAUGACGAGAAAGUUAAGGUUUUCGUGAAUGAAGAGGUGAAGAUUCGAGAAGUUUACGAGGAACUGUCGACGGAGAACGGUGAAUGUGGCGGCGGGGAGGUGAUCGACGAAGGCUCGACGAGGGAUGAUUCACUUGAAAGUGAGAUUACUGAUACAGGAUCUCAAGAACCGCAGCCCACAUCAGAAACUGUAGAUUUGUGUUCUAACCAUGAAGACUGCGAGGCACGUCGUGCUCUGAUCAAGGUGACCAAAGGGUUUACAGCCAAAGAACAUGUCAAAGGGCAUAUGGUGAAUGUAGUCAGAGGUCUCAAGUUGUAUGAAGACAUAUUCACUGAUUCAGAGCUCUCUAAGUUAAAUGACUUGGUGAAUGAGCUCCGGGCUGCUGGCCACAAUGGUGAACUCUCAGGAGAGACCUAUAUUCUGUACAACCAGCAGACGAAGGGGAACAAAAGAGAGCUAAUUCAACUUGGAGCUCCUAUUUUUGGGCACAUAAAAGAGGAAUCAACCGGCAAAGAUGAAGAUAGUCACAUUGAGCCAAUUCCUACUCUUCUUCAAGGAGUUAUUGACCACCUGAUUCAGUGGCAUCUGAUAUCAGAAAAUAGAAAACCAAACAGCUGCAUCAUCAACUUCUUCGAUGAGGGUGAAUAUUCACAGCCUUUUCUAAAACCUCCUCAUUUGGAGCAACCUAUCUCUACUCUUCUCCUAUCUGAAUCAACCAUGGCUUUUGGACGAACUCUCAUAAGUGAUGCUGAUGGGAACUACAAAGGGCCACUCAUGCUUUCCCUGAAAGAAGGGUCUCUUCUAGUCAUGAGAGGAAACAGCUCUGAUAUGGCAAGGCACGUAAUGUGUCAAUCUCCAAACACACGAGUGAGCAUCACAUUCUUCAGAGUUCGGUCCAACACAAACCAAAACGAUUCAUCGACAAUACCUCCUCUGAGUAGAGCCUUGACUCUAUGGCAACCUGGUGCUCCGAACUCAUACACAAUUCCAAAUGGAGCCAUGAAUGCCUACGAGGCAACAAUGAAUAUGAUCCCUAAAUGGGGGGUAAUUCGUACCCCAGUGGUCAUGUUAGCAGCUCCAAUGCACCCUAUGGUUGUGAGCCCCAGAAAGAGCCCAAAUGGUAGUGGUACUGGGGUGUUCUUACCCUGGGCUGUUGGAUCAAGGAAACCAGCAAAACAUCUGCCUCCUCGUGCCCAAAAGGGACGACUUCUCUCACUACCGUCCUCAGUUGAAACGCUUAAAAAGGAGCCCACUUUGGACUCAUGUGUGAUUGCUGAGGUGAAAAUGGGUUAAGCUGUCUCAUUCCAGCACCGAGGCAAAAGCAGGUAGGCGACUGAGGGAUGGCUGCUGUUAGCUGCAAACUCGGGAAGAGCUUCGCUUGUUGUAACAAGUAGUCUCAGGUGCUGACACAGGAUUUUUAUUUUUAUUUCUAUUUUUUCCCCCCCGGCUUCUACUUAUGAGAAGAAUUAGGUUCUAGUACUGGGUUUUCAAUGUCAAUUGUGGUAGGGCUGAAGAGAGAGUUGAGUUUUAAGUUAAAAGGAGUGUGAAUUAGUCUUGAAAGAGGGCUGAUUUUGUAUCAACUUCUUUUAGGUUUUUCUAAGUAAUCUGUUCACAGGACCAUGAGGAUGCUUUAAGGUUGCAUAUCUGUAUGUAUGUGCAGUUCUUUUUUUGUUCAAAA